GGCUGAGGAGGAGCGCUUGCGCUCUGGGUCUUUUCCGCCGGGGGAAGUCUCGCGGGGGCGGGGCGGGGCGGGGCCUCGUGGAGAAGUUCUCGCGGGACACCGACGGGGAGCGGAAGCCAGAAGGCAUUGCUGCUUCGGCGACCGGGUGGCGGCGGCAGCGGCUGUGGCAGAGUCUGUGCCUGUGGCGGUGACGGCGGCGGGAGCAAGCGCUGCCCUCGCAGAGCAGCCUUGGGGUCGCCGGCCGCUCGCAGGGUUGUGGAGGGGCGGGCCGGACGCUGAGCGGAGCAGCUGCGCCACGGGUGGCAUUGUGUGUCUCAGAGUGCCGGAGCGAGUCCCAGAAGAGAGGCGAGGCUAAGCCCAGAGCGCUGGGUUGCUUCAGCAGGGAAGACUCCCUUCCCCCUGCUUCAGGCUGCUGAGCACUGAGCAGCGCUCAGAAUGGAAGCCAUCGCCAAAUAUGACUUCAAAGCUACUGCAGACGACGAGCUGAGCUUCAAAAGGGGGGACAUCCUCAAGGUUUUGAACGAAGAAUGUGAUCAGAACUGGUACAAGGCAGAGCUUAAUGGAAAAGACGGCUUCAUUCCCAAGAACUACAUAGAAAUGAAACCACAUCCGUGGUUUUUUGGCAAAAUCCCCAGAGCCAAGGCAGAAGAAAUGCUUAGCAAACAGCGGCACGAUGGGGCCUUUCUUAUCCGAGAGAGUGAGAGCGCUCCUGGGGACUUCUCCCUCUCUGUCAAGUUUGGAAACGAUGUGCAGCACUUCAAGGUGCUCCGAGAUGGAGCAGGGAAGUACUUCCUCUGGGUGGUGAAGUUCAAUUCUUUGAAUGAGCUGGUGGAUUAUCACAGAUCUACAUCUGUCUCCAGAAACCAGCAGAUAUUCCUGCGGGACAUAGAACAGGUGCCACAGCAGCCGACAUACGUCCAGGCCCUCUUUGACUUUGAUCCCCAGGAGGAUGGAGAGCUGGGCUUCCGCCGGGGAGAUUUUAUCCAUGUCAUGGAUAACUCAGACCCCAACUGGUGGAAAGGAGCUUGCCACGGGCAGACCGGCAUGUUUCCCCGCAAUUAUGUCACCCCCGUGAACCGGAACGUCUAAGAGUCAAGAAGCAAUUAUUUAAAGAAAGUGAAAAAUGUAAAACACAUGCAAAAGAAUUAAACCCACAAGCUGCCUCUGACAGCAGCCUGUGAGGGAGUGCAGAACACCUGGCUGGGUCACCCUGUGACCCUCUCACUUUGGUUGGAACUUUAGGGGGUGGGAGGGGGCGUUGGAUUUAAAAAUGCCAAAACUUACCUAUAAAUUAAGAAGAGUUUUUAUUACAAAUUUUCACUGCUGCUCCUCUUUCCCCUCCUUUGUCUUUUUUUUCAUCCUUUUUUCUCUUCUGUCCAUCAGUGCAUGACGUUUAAGGCCACGUAUAGUCCUAGCUGACGCCAAUAAUAAAAAACAAGAAACCAAGUGGGCUGGUAUUCUCUCUAUGCAAAAUGUCUGUUUUAGUUGGAAUGACUGAAAGAAGAACAGCUGUUCCUGUGUUCUUCGUAUAUACACACAAAAAGGAGCGGGCAGGGCCGCUCGACGCCUUUGCUGUUUAGCUUCCUCCAGAGGAGGGGACUUGUAGGAAUCUGCCUUCCAGCCCAGACCCCCAGUGUAUUUUGUCCAAGUUCGCAGUAGAGUGGGGUAGAAGGAAAGCAUGUCUCUGCUUCCAUGGCUUCCUGAGAAAGCCCACCUGGGCCGGGCGCGGUGGCUCACGCCUGUAAUCCCAGCAUUUUGGGAGGCCAAGGUGGGCGGAUCACAAGGUCAGGAGUUCGAGACCAACCUAGCCAACAUGGUGAAACCCCAUCUCUACUAAAAAUAAAAAAUUAGCCGGGUGUGGUGGCACGCACCUGUAGUCCCAGCUACUCGGGAGCCUGAGGCGGGAGAAUCGCUUGAACCUGGGAAGUGGAGGUUGAGUGAGCCGGGACCGUGCCAUUGUACUCCAGCCUGGGUGACAGAGCGAGAUUCCGUCUCAAAAAAAAAAAAAAAAAGCCCACCUGAAAGCCUGUCUCUUUCCACUUUGUUGGCCCUUCCAGUGGGAUUAUCGAGCAUGUUGUUUUUUCAUAGUGCCUUUUUCCUUAUUUCAAGGGUUGCUUCUGAGUGGUGUUUUUUUUUUUAAAUUUGUUUUGUUUUAAAAUAAGUUAAAGACAGUCCAGAGCUUUUCAGCCAAUUUGUCUCCUACUCUGUGUAAAUAUUUUUCCCUCCGGGCAGGGGAGCCAGGGUAGAGCAAAGGAGACAAGCAGGAGUGGAAGGUGAGGCGUUCUCCUGCUUGUACUAAGCCAGGAGGCUUUAAGCUCCAGCUUUAAGGGUUGUGAGCCCCUUGGGGGUUCAGGGAACUGCUUGCCCAAGGUGCAGUGUGAGUGUGAUGGGCCACCGGGGCAAGAGGGAAGGUGACAGCCCAGCUUUCCCACAUCCAACUGGAUCUGGCUUACAGGGGGGUCGGAAGCCUGUCCUCACCAUCUCGGGGGUUGUGGCCCCCGCCCCCUCCCUAUAUGCACCCCUGGAACCAGCAAGUCCCAGACAAGGAGAGCGGAGGAGGGAGUCGUGGGAACGUAGCCUCCAGUUGUAGCAGGUUUCACUGUAUUCCUAUGCUGGGGUACACAGUGAGAGUACUCACUUUUCACUUGUCUUGCUCUUAGAUUGGGCCAUGGCUCAUCCUGUGUCCCCUGACCUGUCCAGGUGAGUGUGAGGGCGGCACUGGGAAGCUGGAGUGCUGCUUGUGCCUCCCUUCCCAGUGGGCUGUGUUGACUGCUGCUCCCCACCCCUACCGAUGGUCCCAGGAAGCAGGGAGAGUUGGGGAAGGCAAGAUUGGAAAGACAGGAAGACCAAGGCCUUGGCAGAACUCUGUCUUCUCUCCACUUCUGGUCCCCUGUGGUGAUGUGCCUGUAAUCUUUUUCUCCACCCAAACCCCUUCCCACGACAAAAACAAGACUGCCUCCCUCUCUUCCGGGAGCUGGUGACAGCCUUGGGCCUUUCAGUCCCAAAGCGGCCGAUGGGAGUCUCCCUCCGACUCCAGAUAUGAACAGGGCCCAGGCCUGGAGCGUUUGCUGUGCCAGGAGGUGGCAGCUCUUCUGGGCAGAGCCUGUCCCCGCCUUCCCUCACUCUUCCUCAUUCUGCUUCUCUUUUCCUCGCAGAUGAUAAAAGGAAUCUGGCAUUCUACACCUGGACCAUUUGAUUGUUUUAUUUUGGAAUUGGUGUAUAUCAUGAAGCCUUGCUGAACUAAGUUUUGUGUGUAUAUAUUUAAAAAAAAAUCAGUGUUUAAAUAAAGACCUAUGUACUUAAUCCUUUAACUCUGCGGAUAGCAUUUGGUAGGUAGUGAUUAACUGUGAAUAAUAAAUAUACAAUGAAUUCUUCA